UUCAUCAGCUGAUUCGGGUGGUCAUGUGACUGGGUGGGUACAGGAAGGCGACUUUUUGAGAAACGAAUUUUUGCCGACACCCUUGCGGAAUCCGGCGACAUCUGCGAUGGACAGCCAAGGGAGGAAAGUUAUCGUCUGCGACAACGGGACAGGGUUCGUGAAGUGCGGCUAUGCAGGAGCCAACUUCCCGGAACACAUCUUCCCCUCCAUGGUGGGGCGGCCCAUCAUCAGAUCAUCCGCCAAGAUUGGCGACAUCGAAAUCAAGGACCUGAUGUUGGGAGAUGAGGCGAGCGAGCUGCGGUCCUACCUGGAGGUGAACUACCCGAUGGAGAACGGGAUCGUGCGCAACUGGGACGAUAUGCUGCACCUGUGGGACUACACCUUCGGGGAGCAGAAACUCCAAAUCAACGCACCGGACGCCAAGAUCCUCCUCACAGAACCCCCCAUGAACCCGGUUAAGAACAGGGAAAAGAUGGUGGAGGUCAUGUUUGAAAGGUACCAGUUUGAGGGUGUGUAUAUAGCCAUCCAGGCUGUCCUCACCUUAUAUGCACAAGGGCUGCUGACGGGUGUUGUGGUGGACUCCGGUGACGGUGUGACUCACAUCUGUCCGGUGUACGAAGGUUUCGCUCUCCCACAUCUCACACGGCGACUUGACAUCGCAGGCAGGGACAUCACAAGAUAUCUCAUUAAGUUGCUGCUACUCAGAGGGUAUGCCUUCAACCACACAGCAGACUUUGAGACAGUUAGGAUGAUGAAGGAGAAAUUGUGCUAUGUUGGCUACAACAUAGAGCAAGAGCAGAAGCUUGCCCUGGAUACCACUGUUCUGGUGGAGUCAUACACGUUACCUGAUGGCCGUGUGAUUAAGGUGGGAGGGGAGCGGUUUGAGGCUCCGGAGGCGCUGUUCCAGCCUCACCUGAUCAACGUGGAGGGGGUGGGGGUGGCCGAACUGCUCUUCAACACCAUCCAGGCCGCUGACAUAGACACCAGGCCUGAGUUCUACAAGCACAUUGUGUUGUCAGGCGGGUCCACCAUGUACCCCGGCCUGCCCUCCAGACUGGAGAGGGAGAUCAAGCAGCUCUAUCUGGAGAGGGUGCUGAAGGGAGACACCACCAAGCUGUCGAAAUUCAAGAUCCGUAUCGAGGACCCCCCUCGGCGGAAGCACAUGGUGUUCCUGGGAGGUGCCGUGCUGGCUGACAUCAUGAAGGACAAGGAUGACUUCUGGAUGACCCGAGCGGAGUAUCAGGAGAAGGGGCUCAGGUGUCUGGAGAAGCUUGGAGUAGCUGUGUCGUAACAAGACUUCUUUAUCAUACCCAACCCAUCUGUACAGUACCAGUUAAGGUUCAUGGUCCCCACAGGAGGCAUAUUUCAGGGUGCGAAAUACUGCCUGCAUGUACAGGUUAGUGCAGGUCAAAUUGAAACUGUCUACCUGCCCAACCUGCACCAGUCGAAAGUAGCAUCCAGUUUUAUUUAAGAUGGUCCGCAUUUGAUGUUUUUUUUUCUUGUGGACUGAAAGGCAAAAUAAAUUGAGUUCAGAUCAAAUUUGUUUGGUGCAGGUGCAGGAAUGAGUAUUUUGAGCCCUGAUAUCUCUAUGGUAUGUUCAUACUUCUAGUAAGCAGGAUAGCCAUGUUUUUAUACACCAGAGGCUCAGAGCCAAAAGCAGCUUCAUAUGUGUAAUCAAAACGAUACGGUUUCAGACACAUCUUACCCCCAUCUGUCCACAGCUAGUUAGCAUGCUCAGGAGAAAAUUUCCAGGUCAACUUCUUGAGGUUGUAGGUGAAGACCAAGUUUGUCCUCAAUUUGCUGGUGAGGACUGAUGUUAGAACAAUGAUUCAUUCAGGUACAGGAAUACCCAACAAAAGAUGAGGCUACCCUAAUCCAUUCCCUUGGUUCUGGUACAUUUUGAAGCAAAAAUCAAGCAAGAAGUCUAUAUGAAAACAGAAGACAGUUCAAGACUGGUAGAAAAAUUUGGAUCUGGGUGUAGCAACACCCCAAAACUGAGUGCACCAAGGCAUGAACUUGGUCUCCAGCCAGAUUUUUCUUUCAUGUUGUUCUUUCACUUCAGCAUUAUCAUUUGUAGGUAUCAGAACCAACACUGUUAAUUGGUGUGGCCAUCGUAUAAAUUGUCUUCCAUUGUCAAGAAGAUGGUACUGCUGUAGAAAGCUUGAUCUGGUGAUGUUUCAUGUUGAUAUUUUAAUCACUAGUAAGACGAGGUGCUGGUGAAUGUGUAAGAUGUAGGAUUUAAGUUUUGUCACUGGCUGACAAGUGUGCAAGUUAGUCUUAACUUCAGUACAAGUAAUGUUGUUGAAGCCGAAGCACAUCUUGAGAAACAUGUCUUAACAGAAAUGAUACUGAUGAUCUGAGUGUGUUACCUGCUUUGUCAGGCACAUCACGUGGAGUUGUGACUUGAGCUCUCGUGGCAUGUAAGAAUUUUUUCAGAAACGGAGCAGGGUAAGAAAUAGCGUAUGAUAGUAAUUCUGUGCUUACACUGACAGCUUUGAAUUGAUAGGCAAAACUUAGUAGUACCGUCAAUAUGUUCUAUACCAGUAAUAAUUCAGUGUAUGAAUUUUUUACUCCUACUGUUGAAAAGAUGCCAGUGAAUCAAUCUGGUUGCAGUAUGGUCUUAGUAAGGUACUUGUAGAUGUGACUUGGGUGGUCAUGUCAUUGUAAUAAUGAAAUGGUAGGUCACUACUUUAAUAUGAUCUAUCUAAAAUUGCCAUUUGGAGGAAGCAGAUGUUCAUUCCAGUAUAUUGACUAGGGAAAACUUGCAGUAGGGAGGUUGUUUGAUUCCUUUCCUCACAAUGAAAGAUUUUAUAUAUCUAUAUAUGUAUGUAUACACUGCUAUCACUUCAGAUAUUCAGGUCUGGAUUAAAAGUGUCAUAAAUACUUA